CUCAUCAGUCGUAUUGAGAUAGCUAUGGCGAAAGGUUAAUGUGCGAUCGUCGUUUCUCCAAAAUCUUUGCUCAUUCAUUUCACAUUCUGCUGCAGUGCCAGUGACUGUGAAAUAGCGUAAAAUUAAUGUGAACACGCAGUAUAAUUCGAUCAAGUUCCUACCCAUCCGUCACGUGUCUUCUCGUAGAAACGAUCGUGCUUACUGAGGUCGGAGGUGAGGUUAUUAUAGCUUGGAUUAUAGAGAAAGUGUCUACAACUCUGACCCAAUUCCAAAUUCAAUCCGAGUGGUUUCCCAAUCACACGCAUCUCGUGUCUCUGAUACACAUUCCAAAAUCCGUCUGCCGGAUCUCGUGUCCGUGAACGUCGGAAUUUACCCCGGCCAGAUAUGUCCGGAAACGUAACGAUGAACAGCGAGGAGAAAUGUGAUGUGAUCCGAGUGGGAUCUCGGAAAAGCGAAUUGGCAUUAAUACAGACUAAACACGUGAUACAAUGUUUAAAAGAAUAUUAUCCAAAAAAAGAAUUCGAGAUAGUCACAAUGUUUACCAAGGGCGAUAAGAUUUUGGACAAGUCUUUACCAAAGAUCGGAGAGAAGUCUCUCUUUACCGAGGAACUGGAACAAGCUCUGGAACAGGGCAGUCUUGAUUUUGUCGUACACUCUUUAAAGGACUUGCCAACGAUACUACCAGCGGGGAUGGCACUAGGUGUAUUAUUGAAACGCGAGGAUCCACGGGAUGCGGUAGUCAUGUCAAAGAAAUUCAAGGACAAGAAGCUUUCUACGUUGCCGAAGGGUAGUGUCAUAGGUACCAGUUCCUUGCGCAGGUCCGCACAACUAGCUCGGAACAUGCCUCACUUAAAGGUGGAGAACGUUCGUGGCAACUUGAAUACCAGAUUGAGUAAACUGGACGACAAGAAGAGCCCCUACGCAGCGAUAAUAUUAGCUGCCGCCGGUUUAAAGAGAAUGGGCUGGGAGGAUAGAAUAAGUCAGAUUCUAGAACCUGAUGAAAUCCUCUACGCCGUUGGCCAGGGUGCGUUGGGUGUCGAGUGUCGGGAGUCAGAUUGGAAGAUGCGUUCUUUGUUAGAACCAUUAUACGACAUGGAGACUACUUUGAGAUGCGUGUGCGAACGCUCAUUCCUGAAGACCCUCGGUGGCGGGUGUUCCGCGCCUGUCGCGGUGUCUUCGUCUCUGCAAGGAGAAAAGUUAACGAUCACUGGUGCUGUGUGGUCCUUGGACGGCCAAACUCUGAUUACAGAUACCCGUAACGGUAAAUUGCAUUUGCCCAAGGAUGACGGUGAACCUCCGAGAAAAUGUCCGUAUCAAGAGCCCCGCCUUUACUGUGGUAUUGUUCCCGGUAGAAUGAGUGCCCUGAGUCUUCUUGGUGCCGAACAACUUGGUAAAGAUUUAGCUAAGAGCCUGAUAGAGAAAAAUGCCGUCGACAUUAUGUUGGAAGCUAGGAACGCAAUUUCUAACUCGAAAUAGUUACGUCAAGUAUGGUUCACGAGGUUUGGUCUUUAGUUGCGAACAUGUAUUAUAGAGUAAGUUUAUGUAAAACGCCAAUUAUCGACAAUAAUCCAGAUUUUACACACUUCGGAUACGUUAUCCAUAUACGUUAUACGCUCAAUCAAUAGAAUACUCGGUUCUGAGUCAGAGAGUACAAAUUAUAUCGCUAUUAUUAUUUGUAAGCUGAGCUUACAAAUAACAAUGUAAAUAAUAUAAUAAGUAAUCGUGCUUUUGUUCUUUCUGGAUUGAACGGACGCAGAUACGUUGUUUUCACUCACCUGUGUAAAUCCAGAAAAAUACAAAACAAGCACAAUUGAAAUUGUAAUAUAAUUGGGAGAUAUUUACUACCGCGUGGCUUGUCGUGCGAAUUAUUAUCUUGAAACUUUUUUUCGACACUAUAGAUGCGUCAUCACUGGAAAAGUUUUAUUUGCACUUGUAUGUUUUUAACGAUUCAACGGUAUCUAUAGUGCGAGAAUUCAUGUGUCUAUUUCAUGACUUUUUUUUAUUGUUGACGAAGCAGUCUUAUGUAGAAACUUCAUUAUUGUUGAAAACGAUUCAAUUUACAUUGUUACGCACUGCCAUAUUUAGAGCCAAUAACGAUUUGAAAUACCUCUGUUUGCAUUAAACAGAUUGUAAUUGUUUUAUACUUACGGAAUUUAAGAAUAUAAUUUAUGGAUGCAUAUAUAUAUAUAUAUAUUUCCGACAGAACGUUAAACUUUCAUUGGACAUCUUAUUUCAUGAGGAUAGAUUAUCUUAAGUGCUGAUCCUUUUAGAACUUCCAAUCAUGUUUCAUAUCUUGAGACAUUAUCACGUGUAUACAACAUGUAAAAUUAUAAAUAGUAUUAUGUCAGGAUAUAAUUUAUAAUUUGAUUACGUAUAAUCUUAGAUAGAUUUCUUCAUUGAGCACAGAAUGUUACAUCUUGUAAAAUAAAUUAUGUAUAGGCGUGAUUAAUUUUAUAUAUGGGAAUCGUUAAAGAUUGUAAUUUAUGUGUAUGUACACACACACACACAUAUAUACUGUUAGAUAUUAAUUAAAAAGACCUCUAUUCUCUCUA